UAUAAAAAGUGUUCGAAAUCCCCUUGACUGAUGAUUUCGAAAUAUAAAGAUAAUAAGAUUAAAAUUUGCUUUAAACGUAAAAUAUACCAAGAUAUAAUAAAUCAAGAAUACAUCAAAUAUGAUUGCAUUUGCUUACUUGUGUUUUGAGCUAUAUUGAAAUAAAUUCUAAAAUUUGCUUCACCUUAAAGUAAAUAAUUUUCUUUAUUUUGAAAGGGAUGGGCUGUAAGCUUGGUAAGUUGACUUUUUCUAGAACGAUUCGUGAUAGUCAUUUAAAUCAAGAAAGUCCACCAUUGCCACCAGCAACUGAUCCAAGACUUCCUUUAACCGCAAGACAAAAAUAUAUUUUAUCAGCAAGCUGGAAAGCUAUUGCAAAGGCCAUAGAACCCACCGGUAUUUACAUGUUUAUAAGGCUUUUUGAAGAGAAUGAAGAAUUAUUGAAAAUGUUUGACAAGUUAAAGCAUUUGAAAACUCGAGAAGAACAGUUUGAUAGUCCAGAAUUAGCAGAACAUGCCCAAAAAGUAAUGAAUACUUUGGAUGAAGGAAUUCAGGGUCUCGAUGAUCUGGAUGUGUUCUUAGAUUUCCUUCAUCAAAUUGGAGCUUCGCAUUCGAAAAUUCCAGGCUUCCAGAGUGAUUUUUUUUGGAAAAUUCAAUCACCAUUUUUGGCAGCAAUGCAAAUGACGUUACAUGACCGUUACACCGAUAACGUAGAAAAUAUAUAUAAACUUACCAUACAAUUCAUCAUUCAAACAUUGAUUGAUGGUUAUAAUGAAGCAACUAAAACAAAAGAUAAAGAAAAAAAUGGACCUUCUUAG